AUUCUAACCUAACAUUAUGAAAAAUAAUGAGGGGCCUGUUGAAUUCCCAUAUAAAAAAUUUCUGUAGUAAAUUCUUGCAUUAAAUAGUGACAUAUAAUUCAAUCAGCAUUAAUAUAUAAUAAUAAUCUUUAUUGGUGGUUUAUUGUUGUUAUAUGGUAUUAUUAUUAAAAUCAAAGAACUAUGCCAAAAACUUGGGAAGAUUUAGAUGUACCUCUGCAUAAUGAAGUUAAGACGGCAGUUUUAUCUUUUGAUUUCCCUUUUAUGACACCAGUACAGGGUGCCACGAUUCCUUUACUGCUAAAACAGAAAGAUGUAGCCGCAGAAGCUGUUACAGGUUCUGGGAAAACUUUGGCUUUUCUAAUCCCAUUAAUUGAAAUACUGAAGAGGAGAGAACAAGAGGAAAAAUGGAAAAAACAUAACGUGGGUGCUAUUGUUAUUUCUCCUACUAGAGAACUAGCACUUCAAAUUAGUGAUGUUUUAAAUCAGAUAUUGAAACAUGUUAAGGGUAUUUGCUCUGCCGUAUUUGUUGGUGGCAAUAGCGUUGAAGAAGAUGUACGAAAUUUUAGACAAAAUGGAGCUAAUAUUAUAAUUUGUACACCGGGCAGAAUGGAGGAUUUAUUAACAAGAAAAAUUGACAUUAAUUUACCCCAUGCUGUUAAAACACUUGAAAUUCUUGUUUUGGAUGAAGCUGAUAGACUCUUAGAUCUAGGUUUUAGAACAACCGUAAAUACAAUUCUCAGCUAUCUCCCAAGACAAAGAAGAACAGGACUAUUUUCAGCAACACAAACUAAAGAAGUAGAAGAUCUGAUGAGAGCAGGACUCAGAAAUCCUGUUAUAGUAAGCGUAUCGACUAAAUCAUCUCAAAGUACACCCAAGUCAUUGUCGAAUUAUUAUCUUAUAGCUAAAAACAAUGGUAAAUUGGCAUCUUUGAUAUCAUUCAUAGAAGAGAAGAAUAUUCAAAAAGCAAUAUUAUUUUUACCUACAUGUGCAAGUGUAGACUAUUGGUCUCAAAUAUUUCCUAUUCUGAUUUCCAAAGAACUAAAUCUACCUAUUUUUGCCAUACAUGGUAAAAUGAAGGAGAAACGGAAUAAAGUCUUAGAAAGUUUUAGAGAAGCUGAAAAGGGACUCAUUCUAUGCACUGAUGUGAUGGCUAGAGGAAUAGAUAUACCUGAAAUUGAUUGGGUGUUGCAAUGGGAACCUCCAAUGAGUGCAAAUGCAUUUGUACAUCGUAUUGGUAGAACUGCACGUCAAGGAAAUGAAGGUUCAUCACUUCUUCUUUUAUAUGAAUGUGAAGAAGAUUAUGUCAGCUUCAUUGAAAGAAAUCAAAGAGUAUGUCUAACUUCACUAGAACAUGAAGUUUCCGAUGAAAAGAUAAAUUUAUUUAUUGAUCAAAUAAGAAGCUUUUUAAAGAAAGAUAGAUUAAUGAUGGAUAUUGCUACUAAAGCAUUUGUCUCCCAUAUAAGAGCCUAUUCUAAACACGAAUGUUCCUUGUUACUUCAAAUAAAGAAACUACCACUUGGAGCCAUGGCUUUAACAUAUGGUCUUCUUCAAAUGCCUAAAAUGCCUGAAUGUAAAAAUCGAGAUAUCUCUGAUUUUCAUGUAAUUGAGAAUUUAGAUGUUAACACCAUAGCUUAUAAAGAUAAGAAAAAGGAGGAAGUAAGACUUGAAAAAUUAGAAGAAUAUAAAAAAACUGGUCAUUGGCCGGGUUUCAAAAAAACUCACAAAAAGCCUACUAUACCUUGGUCCAAAAGUAAUCAAUCAAAAGAAGAAAGAAAAGAAAAAAGGAAGAAAAGAAAAGCUGAGAAAAAAUUGAAAGCUCUAAACAAUAUACCUUCUAAGAAAAGGAAAAAAGGUAUUUCCCAGGAAGAUAUGGAUGAAUUAGCUAAAGAUAUUGCAUUAAUGAAAAAGUUCAAGAAGAAAAAAAUAUCUGAAGAGGAAUUCGAUCAAAAGUUUGCCGAAUAAUAUCAACUGUAAAAAAUAAGCAGAAGUGUAAUUUGGGAAGAUGAAUAACUGGCUGAAAACAAUAAUUAGAAACGAAAAAAUAUAAAACACUCAAUCUAAUUUCCGCUAAUACUUUAUAUUUUAAUGAGUUCAAAUUGGUUUCAAUGGACAAGUCAUUUUCAGGUAAUACUUUCCUGCAAUUAUAUAAGAUCAUUGGUUAGUGGAAAUUAGACUUAACUGUUUCAUUAUCUUUUCAUUCAUAAUGAAUUGUGAUAAAAUAGAAAAAUCAUCUAUAUCGCACACUAAAAUAGUGGUAAUUUUUGUAUACUAUUGGUACUAAUGAAUGUUCAUCCAAUAACUUGAACUUUUUGGUUAAUCGAGAGGUCUAUUUUGUUAUUAUGCUAAAUAUUGAAUAAAUUGUUGAAUAUUUUA